AUGCUGGAACGAUCAGGCACAUUUAGAGGCAUAAAGGUCCUAAGUUUGUCUGUGGUGUCUUUCACAGGAAUAAUACAUGGGGACUUAAAUGACCUGAACAUCAUUGUCACACCAGUAGACAACGGGCGCCAUGAGGUGUCAGGCGUGCUGGACUUCUCUCUGCUCAUGAUUGAUUGCUAUGUAUUUGAAGUGGCUGUAACAAUUGCGUACAUGAUGCUGGAGAACCCCAGUCCUUUGGAUGUAGGUGGAGCAGUGUUGGAUGGCUGGGAGAGCAUCAUGGUGCUCAGUGAUGAGGAAAGGGAUUCCCUCUUUCUGCUGGUGCUCGGCCGGUUGUGCCAGUCUCUGGUUUACGGCCGGUACAAUGCCACAAAGUACCCAGACAACAAAUAUCUCCUGACUACAGCCAAAAGUGGGACUCUGCUUCUUACUAAACUGUGGGAGAUGGGCAAGAAAGAUGUAGAAAGGAAGUGGUUCACAGAUGCUGGCACAUUCUCAGACAAAUAA